AUGUCUUCUACUGCCGCUAAUGUGAAAAAGACGUCAGCAGUAACCCCCUGCAAGACGAUAAGAGGCCAUACUAAGGCAGUUACAGGCGUUGCACACCUGCCCGGUGGGCAGCACAUCAUCACAUGUUCAUUCGACAGCUCACUUCGACUAUGGGACAUAAGGAGCGGUGCACAGGUAGGUAGCGAGUGGCGAGAUGAAGGGGAUGAGGCAAGAAUAAAUGCCAUGUCAUUGUCUCCAAAUGGCAAGACUAUUGUCAGCGGAAGCAGUGACAGGACAGUAAGGUUGUGGGAUGUCGAGACGGGGAAGGUUGUCAUCAAAUGGAAAGGACACACGGCUUUUGUGAGGUCAGUGUGCUGGAGUCCAAAUGGUAGGCGAGUUGUGAGCGGAUCACAGGAUGGGACGGCAAGAGUGUGGGAUGUGGAGAGCGGCGAACCAGUCGAAGGUCUGAAUCCAAUCAAGACAGGACACGGGUCGGUGUGCGCGGUGAGCUACUCACCCGAGGCAUCAAUGAUUGCCACAGGAGGAUUGAACAACGGAAUCAAAAUCUGGGACGCGAAGACGGGCGAGCUGCUGUCCACGAUCGAACUCGAUCGGACAGUUUGGAGCUUAACCUGGACAUCGGAUGAAAAGAAACUUGUCGCCGGGUGCGGGAAUGACCCGAUUACGAUAUUUGACACUGCCACAUGGCAGCAGAUCGCUGUUCUGGAGGGUCACAGAUCUGUUGUCUCCUCCCUCACUUUAUUUCCCAACGACCGCCUCCUUGCGAGUACAUCUUGGGAUAAGACAGCGCGUCUCUGGAAUCUUGACACAAACCUCGAAAUCGGGCCCCCUCUUCAACACAAAAAUUUCGUCACUUGUGCGGCCUUCUCAGACUCCGCUGAUGGAAUUCUGCUACCCACUGCAGGUUGGCAGGAUGAAAAUGUGUAUGUAUGGGACAUUCAAGCCAUCCUCAAAACAGCUGGCCUAGAAGAUCUCCUGUUCAUACCUGAUGUGAGUGCCAACUUGACUCCCACUCGCUAUCUCAUUCCCAAUGGCUAUCAGGCACAAAAAUCUGGACUCAAAAACAAGGAGCUGCAUCCAUCAUCUAGCUUUUCAAGUGUAGAGCACACUUCUCUCUCCGAGCCAUCGCAGGACAUAGAAGACAAUUCAUUUUUGGAGGCUGAUGCUACGCAAGGUUUCGACCAGUUCGGGGCACAUGAACUCCUACCAGGAUUUUUUGACAGCCCGCAAGUCGAUGCUCAUUCCCCCGCAAUAUUUGGUGCCCGUCUGAGGUUUUCUGCACUACUUGGUCGCUUUCCCUACCUCCUUCACCGUUCCGAACCCAAUCAAGCGACAGAAACUCAGCAGCCUCCAGUGCCUUCGGAGUCACGUUCGCGUGUGCUCUUCGAUCGCCUAUCCUCACUCCUUCGCUCUCCGCCGAACACUGAUGAGAUAUCUGAACCUUCGCAACCUCCAAUGCUUUCGCGAUUAAGUCCACGAGUGCUCCUUGGUGACUUAUCCGGACUUUUUUCCCGCCCUCAAAUCCACGUCAACGAAGCAACCGAACCUUGGCGAUCCCAAACGCCUGGGAGGUCACGUUCAGAUGCACUCAUUGGUCCCCUGUCUUCACUUUUCCGUUCUCCACCCAACGCCGAUGAAGCAAUUGAACUUCAGUGUUGCCCAGGGCCAACUACCUCUCAUCUCAGUCGUCAUGUCGACGAUGUUGCCGCAAUGCGGGACAGGGAGGUGUUAGUUGUUGCUCGUCGGCCCGACACUGCUAGUGAAAUAGCCAGGCGCGUCAAGAACCCUAAACCAUGGAAUCUCAGCGAGCAAGAUCGCGCCCAGACCUUCCUUGCUGGCAUAAAAUUCGUAGGAAAGGCUUUCAAUGCUAACCAGAAGAGAAGAACCAUCGAUCAAGAUGUCGACAACGAGCAGCUCUUCAACGAUGAUGAAGUCAACGGCAAACCAGCAAAAAUAGCUAAUGCUACGCGACGUCCGCCCAUCCGUCCAGCCCCACGUCAAGUGCCAUCAGGCUUUUUCGAUAACGUGCAAGACGGUGGUCCUUCCUCCACUACCCGCCGUCGAGUCCAUCCUGACCCCUUUCUACAUCGCCUCCGCAAUGCUUUUGCACCGUCCUGGGUAUCACGUCCACGUGCGCUCCUCCCUCGCCUUCCCUCACUCUUCCACCGUUCCCCACCCAACACCGAUGUACUAAACGAACCUCAGCAACGUCCACUGGGACCUGGGACCUCCUCUCGUCGCAGUCCUUCUGUUGUUGAUGUUCCUGCACUAGAUGACAAGAAGGCACUGUAUGUUGCUCGGCGGCCAGAACGAGCUAGUGACAAAGCAAAACGUGUCGACAACUCCAAAUGGUGGGCUCGUGUUGUGCUAUUCCUCUGCUGUGCGUCUCCGUCCAACGACGACGGUCAUUGA